AUGCACCUCUCGCCUCACACCGCACUGCACCUUGGCCACUGCACCGCACCCACAGCACCCACACCGCACCGCACUGCACCGCACCGCACCGCACCGCACCGCACCUUGCACCUCGCGCCGCACCUUGCACCACGCCCCACGCCCCUCGCGCCACACCCCGCACCUUGCACCUGCACCCCGCACCUCACCUCGUGCCUUGCACCUCACCUUGCGCCACAACUCAGGGUGCACCUUGCGCGGCGCCUCGCCUCGCACCCGCACCCCGCGCCCCGCGCCUUGCACCGCACCUCGCACCCCGCGCCCCGCGCCCCUCGCCCCUUGCACCUGCACCUGCACCUAUCACUUUGA